AUGAUAUAUAUUGUUGUAUUGUCCAUUAAUUUGAAACUUCCCCAAAGCCUCUCUAUGCGCAAGAUCUUCUUUCCUGUAUCUGCUCGCAACUGGUCGGUGGUGGAGCAGGUGGUGCUGGAGUAUGACGGGCAGAGGGCCAUCUUUAACGCCAGUGGCGGGAUCUACUCUCCUGCAGAGUAUUCUUUCCAUUGCCAGAGUGUGAGCAGCAUUCAGAGCCCCCUGCUGGUGCCUCGCAGUGCUACGGACAACGCUAACCAAUGGAAGCUGUCCUUCACUGAUUUUCAGAUCCAAGGCUUCAACGUUACUGGUGAAGACUUCUCGUAUGCCAGCGACUGUGCAGGAUUUUUCACUCCAGGGAUUUGGAUGGGCCUGCUGACCUCUCUGCUCAUGGUGUUCAUUCUUACCUACGGCCUGCACAUGAUCAUGCAGCUUCGCACCAUGGACCGCUUUGAUGAUCCAAAAGGCCCAGCGAUUUCAGUGCCUCAGAGUGAGUGAUUUGAGC